CCCUCCCGGCCCCCCCAGAGCACCAGCAGCCAUUUCAUCUCCACCACCACCACCACCAAGUAGGCGCAAAAAAUGGCAGAAAUGGAGAAAGAAGGGAGACCUCCCGAAAAUAAAAGGAGCAGGAAGCCGGCUCACCCGGUGAAGCGGGAGAUCAACGAGGAGAUGAAGAACUUUGCUGAAAACACUAUGAAUGAGCUCCUUGGCUGGUAUGGUUAUGAUAAGGUAGAGCUGAAAGAUGGAGAAGAUAUUGAAUUCAGGAACUACUCAGCAGAUGGGGAAAGCCGCCAGCACAUUUCUGUUCUCAAAGAAAAUUCUUUGCCAAAACCAAAAUUACCUGAGGACAGUGUUAUUUCACCGUACAAUAUAAACCCAAGCUACCCAGGGCUUGCCACAGGAAAUGGACUAUCAGACUCACCAGCAGGGUCGAAGGAUCAUGGGAAUGUACCUAUUAUUGUCCCAUUAAUUCCACCACCUUUCAUAAAGCCACCAGCAGAAGAUGAUGUGUCAAAUGUACAAAUAAUGUGUGCCUGGUGCCAGAAAGUUGGAAUCAAGCGCUAUUCCCUGAGUAUGGGAAGUGAAGUGAAAUGCUUCUGCAGCGAGAAGUGCUUUGCAGCUUGCCGAAGAGCAUAUUUCAAGAGAAACAAGGCUAGAGAUGAAGAUGGACAUGCUGAAAAUUUUCCCCAGCAGCACUAUGCUAAGGAAACUCCAAGACUUGCCUUCAAGAAUAACUGCGAACUACUUGUAUGUGACUGGUGUAAGCACAUAAGACACACAAAAGAGUAUCUGGAUUUUGGGGACGGGGAAAGAAGGCUUCAGUUCUGCAGUGCAAAAUGUCUCAAUCAGUACAAAAUGGACAUUUUCUACAAAGAGACACAGGCCAAUCUUCCAGCUGGACUGUGCAGUACAUUACAUCCUCCAGUGGAAAAUAAAGCAGAAGGCACUGGGGUGCAGCUGCUGACUCCAGAUUCUUGGAAUAUACCGCUAGCAGAUGCUCGGAGAAAAGCCCCAUCCCCAGCGUCUGCAGCUGGCCAAAUUCAAGGCCCUGGACCAUCAGCGUCUACCACUGCCUCUCCGUCUGACACUGCCAACUGCUCUGUCACUAAAAUCCCCACGCCAGUUCCCAAACCUAUUCCCAUCAGUGAGAAUCCAAAUAUUCCACCAGUUUCUGUCCAGCCACCUGCUAGCAUUGUGCCUCCAAUUGGUGUCCCACCUCGCAGUCCUCCCAUGGUGAUGACAAACCGUGGGCCAGUUCCUCUGCCCAUAUUCAUGGAACAGCAAAUUAUGCAGCAAAUCCGUCCACCAUUUAUUCGUGGGCCACCUCACCAUGCCUCAAAUCCUAACAGCCCUCUGUCAAACCCAAUGAUUCCUGGAAUUGGUCCCCCACCAGGUGGUCCCAGAAAUAUGGGUCCCACCUCCAGCCCCAUGCACAGGCCAAUGCUUUCCCCCCAUAUCCAUCCCCCCACAACACCUACCAUGCCGGGGAAUCCUCCCGGCUUGUUGCCGCCUCCCCCUCCCGGAGCUCCUUUGCCCAGUCUUCCCUUCCCCCCUGUCAGCAUGAUGCCAAAUGGCCCUAUGCCUAUGCCACAGAUGAUGAACUUUGGAUUGCCAUCCCUUGCCCCACUGGUGCCACCCCCAACUCUACUAGUGCCAUAUCCCGUCAUUGUCCCUUUGCCCGUUCCCAUCCCCAUCCCCAUCCCCAUCCCUCACAUCAACGACUCCAAACCCCCCAACGGCUUCUCCAGCAACGGUGAAAGCUUCAUUCCGAGUACCUCCAGCGAGACGCCUGGGGCAAAGCCAGCCAAUAGCUCUUCAUCCCCUCGAGAGUCAAAGCAAGGAUCGUCCAAGUCCUCUGACUCAUCACCGAGCUGCUCAGGCCAGUCCCUUAAUCAAGCUAAAGUGCUUCAGGAGCACAGUAAAAAUGAAGUUGUUGAUUUGACUGUCAGACCUAGUAGUCCAGUGAACAGUAAAUUUGGUUUCCCCAGUGUGCUACAGGGUCCACAGGAUGGUGUGAUAGACCUAACAGUAGGCCACCGGUCUAGGCUGCACAAUGUCAUCCACAGGGCCCUGCACGCCCAAGUGAAAGUUGAGCGUGAACCUAACAGUGUUGUAAAUUUGGCUUUUGGUAGCUCAGACAAAAGGAACUGCAGUGACUGCAGGGACAACUGCAGCCCAGUUGACUCAAAAACGUUACCGUGCAGUGACGGAGCUCACUGCUGUCCCGUCUCCUUGGCCUCUGGCGCGCCGGGACUGGAAGCUGGUGCAGCGGUGUGCAACGUCAUUGUGAAUGGCACAAAGAGCACAGAGGGUUCCAAGAACCCGGAGCCGCCCCAGGAGCCGAAAAAGCCCCAGCCCCCGGAGGAGCUGGCAGUGAGCGAGCUGGAGUCCGUGAAGGAGAACAACUGUGCGUCAAACUGCCACCUUGAGGGAGAUGCUGGCAAGAAGACUGGGGAAGAGCCCCUGGCUGGGGGAGACAAACAGGACCCUAACCUUAACAAUCCAGCAGACGAGGACCAUGCAUAUGCUUUGAGGAUGCUGCCCAAGACAGGUUGCGUGAUCCAGCCUGUGCCAAAACCAGCAGAAAAGACUGCUAUUGCGCCGUGCAUUAUCUCAACGCCAAUACUCAGCACAGGGCCAGAGGAUCUGGAGCCACCAUUGAAAAGGAGGUGUCUCCGAAUUCGAAAUCAGAAUAAGUAAAG